AUGAAAAAAAAUAGUUUAGUACAACAUCAUCAAACAGAAAAGGCGAUCAUUGAUGCUCUAUUGAAAAUAUCUGAAAUUGUACAGAAAACAGAAUCUAGUCGACAACGUCAAAAGUCAACAAAUAAACGUUCGAAAAAUUUAGUUGGUGAAGGUGAUUAUAAUGAGUUGUAUGAUGAUAAUGAACAACAACAACAAGUGCCAGUACCACCUCCUAUGCGUACAUUUGAUUCAUAUGUCUCAGGAUUCAAUCAACAAUCACUUCGUACAUCAUCAAAUUGCAAUCAGAUCUCAACUCAUGCAUUGAAUCUUCUAGAAAAUAAGAAACGAAAUGUUCAAUCUUCACCGAUAGAGUGUACAGAUAAAAGUGAUUUUAAAAAUCAAGAAUGUUCGUAUAAACGUCAUUAUGAUGAUAUCUCAUACUCAUCGAAUGAGGAUGAAGAUCAUCCGACGAAAUCUACAAGAUAUCAUACAAGCCAUCGAUCAGAUAUAAGUUCACAACCGAUAUGUGAAGAAUUGAAAACAACUGAUAAUCAACCAACAAUUACAACUAUACAUUCUCAAACUACUAUUAAUCAAAUUAAAUCUUUAGUUACGAAUACAUUGGAUGAUCAAUCAUCAUCAUUAAUAAUCAUACCUACAACUUCAGGUCCAAUUACAAAUCAACAACAACAACAAUCAAUACCGUCAGGAAAUAAUUCAGUCAAUCGUAAAACAGAAUCCAAUACAUUUAUUGAUCAACAAUUACAAACAACAUUAGAAAAACGUUUAAGAGAUCAUUUAUUAUCUACAAUAACUAUGAAUCAUCAGCAAGAAAAUCGAUUCGCUCAUUUAACAAAAUCCGAAACAGAAAAAGUGAUGGAUAAAAUUGAUUUUACUAAACAAGUUUGUGAUUUAGAACACUAUGAAAAGCAGCGUGAAUUAGCAAUGCUUGCUGCUAAACAAGGCAAUUAUACAUUAUCAUAUUCUAUCUAUACAAAUGUAUUACAUGAUAGUCAAUAUGAUUAUAAAUUAAAAUCUGAAAUUUUAGCAUCACGUGCUACAACAUUAUUAUUAGAUCAAAAAUGUUAUGAAUCAAUUGAUGAUUGUACACGAGCCAUUGCAUUUAAUCAAUGGAAUAAAUUAGCAUAUGUUGUACGUGCUGCAUGUUGGAUGAUAAAACAAGAAUAUUCAAAAGCAGUUGAUGAUUAUUCAAAAUUAUUUCAUUUUUUUGAUCAAAGUCAACAUGUUUUAGAUCUAUUAAAUUUAGCUUAUGAAAAAUUCAAAAUUGUAAAUAAUCAACAAUCGAUUAAAAAUGAUCAAAAACCUAUAAUAUCAUCAAUUGGAACAGGCAUUAAUUCUACUAAAUCAACUAGUUUAACUUCACCAACUGCUUCAUUUAUUCAACCUGCUGUUUAUCUUUGCUAUCCAUAUCAUGCUUACCCAUCUUGGUAUAGUACUCAUAAUAAACAACAAAUAACAAAUAAAGAAGAAAUACAACAACCAACAUAUACGAGUGAGUAA